GUUAAUAUUUUUACAAUUUUCUGAACAAAAACUUAGUGAAAGCUGUAUAAAAGUUAUAAAUUUGCUAAAUUAUUGAAAACUUUGAAUUUGUGUCUAAUUAUUAUAAUUCGGAAAUAUUUAACAAAAGGUUAAGCAAAUUGCUAAUAGAAACGAUGAAUCCAUAUAAAAGAAUGAAAAACUCUACAAAUUUCAUGGAUUUGAACGAUGACUGCUUGUUGUAUCUCUUAAAUUUCAUGAAACUAGAAGAGCUGUUAAUGUUGCGGGGCGUUUGUAUUCGCUUUGACAAUUUGCUAUAUCAAUAUCGCAAAAGAUUCGAUUAUUUCAGUAUAAGAGACUUACCAGGUGCUUAUGAAGCUCUUCAGUUCCUGGGCCCAGUGAUCAAGACAAUAUAUCUAUAUCCUCGCACAUUCCAAAAUGCUGUACCAGAAAUUUUUGAUUGGAUUACCGAAUUUUGUGUAAACUUGGAGUCUCUUGAUCUCGCCGGGGUUGAUGUUAUACCGAAGCAAAAAUUCAUUACAUUAGUGAGACGAGUGACAUCUUUGACAAUGCGUGGCGUAUAUUUUGAUGACAGUUUAGGUGAUUGUUUUAAGGGUACAUCAAUAGAAGAACUAAAAUUGGUUGCUCUUCGAGAUUUAACUGAACAGUUCUUCAUACAUAUCUCCAACUUAAGAGCUUUAACAAUCUGCUGCUGUCGCACCAUGCCAUGUGAUUCCUACAUUCAAGUUUUAAAGAAGAAUUUGAACUUAAAAAAGCUCGAAAUAAAAGUAAGUGAUGGUUGGUAUAGCCCAAACGAAAUUAAAGACAGUGACAAAUUAGUCGAAUACAUAGCAAAUAAUUUGCAUGAAAUCGAAGAACUUACAUUCGAUUCAUCCGUCUCUAACAGGAGUCUCUUUGGUAAUUUACCAAACUUGAAAAAAUUGGAAAUAGAAUUGAAUGAACUGGAUGAAUUCGAUGAAUUGGAUUCGUGGUCAUGGAACCAAAUUUCCCACGACAUCAACAAGCUGAUUGAAAAUUUAAGUAAAUCUAACACCAUUGAAAUUCUUUUUAUCAAUGGCUACGAGCAUCACAUAGACAUGGUAAAUUGGUCUUAGUAAAUUAACUAAUCUGAAGAAAUUAUCAUUAGAUUGUACUCGACGUCUUACAGAUGCGGAAAUAACUAAACUUCAAAGCCUCGUAAAUCUAGAAGCAUUAAAAAUUGUUUGUCAUGAUGAGGACUUAGUCUACGGCUCGGCUAUUUUGAAUUUGAUAAAAUCAUUACAGAAACUCAAAGCAGUAGAUUUGUGCCCCGCAAAAGUGAAUGUUGAAUUUUUUGAGCAGUUGGUUCAGUUUUUGAGCCAAAACGAAUCCCGUGAGAACCUGAAAAUUUCAGUUGAAUCAAAUGAAUAUAAAGCUAUUUAUGAGUUAUUAUGGAACACGACACGAGUUAUACAUAAUGGGUCGAUGGAGGAAUUCUAUUAAUCUUCUAAUAAUUUGUUAAUAGUAUUAAAAAUAUUAUUGUCUGGAUCUAAUAAUUAAUAAAUUUUUCUUUUUUUUUUCUAAAGACAUAUUGCUAUGUAAUGACAAUGACU